GAAUAGUUUUUAGACUAUAGCUGACAUAAAUAGUCAAAUUGCAGCAUAAUUUGUCAAAAGCGAUUGUCAAUUUGGCGCGGGGUUAUUGAUGACCGCUAGUUCUCCCCCGUCUGAUUUUAUCGUGGUUCUUGGACGAUGAGGAUAGCACACCGUUGCAGCAGCGAGUCAGAAUUAACCUAUGAACACGAUGAGUUUACACCCUCCCCGGGCUCGGAGGAAAACCCCGACAAGUUUCUGUGUACCAUGAUGAAGUCUGACGGUGACCUUUGUUACGGAUGUGGGGACCUAAUAACGGAGAGAUUUCUUCUGCACGUGAACGGUCAGGCUUGGCACGUGGGCUGUCUCCGAUGUUGCAUUUGUCAAAUUGGAUUAGAACGACAGACUUCGUGCUUCAUUAGAGAAGAUAAUAUAUACUGUAGGAAUGACUAUUCAAGGGAGUUUGGGACGAAGUGCGCCAAGUGUUACAGAACGAUUCAGUCCACGGAUUGGGUGAGGCGGGCCCGGGAGAACGUCUACCACUUGGCCUGUUUUGCAUGCGAUAGCUGUAAGCGUCAGCUGUCCACGGGGGAGGAGUUCGCUCUACACGGGGACAGAGUCCUGUGUAAGAGUCACUAUAUGGAGCUGCUAGAGGGAGGCUCCAACAAAGAUUCUGAGUGCAGCCAGAAAUCGAAAGCAAAGCGCGUGCGGACCACGUUUACGGAGGACCAGCUGCAGGUGCUACAGGCCAACUUUCAGUUAGACAGUAACCCGGAUGGCCAAGACUUAGAGCGCAUAGCUCAGAUCACGGGCCUCAGCAAGCGCGUGACGCAAGUGUGGUUCCAGAACUCACGUGCACGCCAGAAAAAGCAGCAGCAGGGUGGGGAACACACCAGUCCCUCCUCCAACUCCUCCCCGUCCAAACCUCACAGUCCCCAGCACUGGCUGAAUGGAUCAGACAGCCAACACAGUGAUAGUUACUCCUUCUCAGACUGACAUUUAUUACAACCACUGAUAUUAUAUUCCACAACUGGACCUAUACUGUGAACGUUCCUGUGAACUUUGAACUCGAGUCACAUGACUAAAUACACUCCCCCAUUGGGCAGACAUCUUGAUCAGGAGAUCUGUGUGCUAACUUAUUUUGUGAAGUCCUUUAUUGUUUUGAGCUGUUGUCUCUAGUCAUGUAUUUCUCUUUAUCAAACUGUUAUUUAUUUGUUUAUAUGUACAAAAUAUUCUGUUGCCAUAAAUCAUCCUCUGCAAUAAUUCUUAAUGUUUGACAAACUUGGAUAUUGUGGUGGUCUAACCUUUA